AAAACGGAAUCCCAUGCUCUAGCACGCGACUGGUCUGGCCCUUUAUGUACACGUCAACAAGACUCAAGAACAAGAAUCGAAUACAACGGACGAUAGGUGGUGGUUUCUCAUCCACAAUCAACGUCCAAACGUGGGCACAGAUGCAGCCAGGGAAAGACGGGGGAGAUUUCGUCCUGGUGACAGGGGCAUCUGCCUACCUAGGAGGACAUAUUCUUGCGAGGCUUCUCGAGGGUGGCUUCACCGUCCGGGGGACAGUCCGAUCUCAACGACAGUAUGAUCGGGUACUCUCUUUCUUCCCGCACGAGGCCAAACUUGACCUGGCGAUCAUUGAAGAGAUCGAGUCGCCAAGUGCCCCAUUACAGGAAGCAAUGCGAGGCGCCACGGCUGUGAUCCACGUCGCCAGCCCCGUCAAUUUCGAGCCCAGAAACAAUGCGCAAGAUCUGUUAUUGCCGGCCAUCAAUGGAACGAUGGCUGUUUUGCAAGUGGCAGCCGCGUCGCCGUUUGUCAAGCGCGUUGUUGUCACAGCGACUAUGGCGACAAUGUCUCAUAUCGGUUCGGGCCCAAUUCCGGGCAAGGUAUACAAUGAAGCCGACCACAACCCAGUGACUUGGGAGAAAGCCGUUGCUAGCAGUGAUGGGCAUUAUGUCUAUUGCGGCAGCAAGACUCUGGCAGAGCAGGCAGCUUGGCGGUUCAUGAAGGAUGAAGCUCCUUCAUUCGAUCUGGUGACCAUUCAUCCGUCCUGGCUGGUCGGUCCGUCAGUCUAUCGAAUCGACAAGGCAAGCGAUCUCAACGAGAAUUUGAGGGAAUUCUUCUCUACCCUCAUGGACGUUAAGGAUAAACUGCCGUCGACCAAGGUGCAGUACUGGGUCGAUGUCCGUGAUGCCGCCAAGUCCCAUGUUCUCGCACUAGACUCUUCCAGGAUUCCUGGAGGGAGAUAUCUUGUGACACAUCCGGCCAAGUUUGAUUGGAAAAAGGCCUUUACUGUGAUGCAUGAAUCUUUUCCUGAAGAGCGGUUUCCUCGCACCGACGUCGAUUACUUUGUUGAAUCCAGACCAGCAGUUGAUGUUUCAAAGUCUGAGCACUACUUUGGUUUUGGCUGGACAGAUUUGAGGACGUCAGUCACGGACAUGGCGACACAGUUUUACCAAUAUCGCAAACUCCACCCAUCUGGCUAGCGAUGCCGUUGGUCAACCACCGUUCUUGGUGGUCAUACCAUGGAGCGUCGUCUGAUUCAUAUAGGGAGAGCUAUGUGGCACAGCAGAAACAAAUCAGCGUGAAAAAUAUACCCGUUAGUUGGCGAAGAGUAGCUUACAGCGACGCUCCAAUCCCAUCAAAACAAG